AUGGUGCACAGCUUUGAUCCGGUCCACAGCCUUAAGCCUCAGUCUGGCAAACAAAAAAGAACUUCUCAGAGUCAACAGGACAAAGGGAGGACGCGGGAAAUGAAUCGAGCUUACUGUCGUCUACGUACUUGCAUCCCUGAGAUUCCCGUGGACACAAAACUGACAAAGCUCAAAACCCUGAGAAUGGCUAUUUCUUACAUACGCACCCUUUUGGUGACUGCUGACUCAUCCUCACCCAAAACGGAACAGGUUCACUCAACCCGCAGCCGCGAGCUGGACUUUAGCAAACACUGUAGCUGCUUCCAACGGCCAGAGGCUUAUGUGCACGAGAACUUUUGA